CAGGCCGUCCGGACACCCCACCGUCCUGGAGUGACAGUUACGUCCACACCCGGGCCCUUCCGGGGCUUCCAUGGAACCCGACUGGGAGUGAGCCGAGGUGUCGCCAUGAACGACCGGUACCACCGGGCGGCCCGGGACGGCUUCCUGGACGUGCUGAAGGAAGCCACACGGAAGGACCUGAACGCCCCGGACGAGGAUGGGAUGACACCGACCUUAUGGGCCGCUUACCACGGCAAUCUGGAGGCGCUCCGGCUCAUCGUGGGCAGAGGAGGUGACCCGGACAAAUGUGACAUCUGGGGGAACACGCCGCUCCACCUGGCAGCUGCCAAUGGCCACCACAAUUGCCUGCACUUCCUGGUGGCUUUCGGUGCCAAUGUGUGGUGUCUUGACAACGAUUACCACACGCCACUGGACAUGGCUGCCACCAAAGGCCACAUGGACUGCGUUCGCUACCUGGACUCCAUCGCCGCCAAGCAAAUAACCAUCAACCCAAAGCUGGUCAGCAAGCUCAAGGACCGGGCGUUCCGCGCCGCAGAGCGCCGGAUCAAAGAGUGCACGAAGCUCCAGAAGAAGCACCAUGAACGCAUGGAGAGGAGGUUCAUGAAGGAGUCGGUGGCUUUAGACAACCUGGAUGCUAUUAGCUUUUCUAGCUACACCAGCAGCAGCACGCUUAGCCGCAAGUUCAACACUGUCACCUCCAACAUGCCAUACUCACAGGCCACCCUGCAUUCAACAGCCAAGGGCAAGGCUAAGAUACAGAAGAAGCUCGAGAAAAAGAAGCAGGUUGAUGGUACGUUUAAGAUCUACGAGGAUGGGAGGAAAAGCGUGCGCUCACUGUCUGGCCUGCAGCUCAGCAAUGACGUCAUGUUCCUCAAACAGGGCACCUACGCCAACCCCAGAGAACGGUCACGGCUCAACAUCCGUGAUAUGUUCCCCCGUGACAGUGAUGAUGAUGCUGACACCGUCUCCCGUGCCAUGAGUGACCCGGGCCUCCAUGAGGCUGCUUAUUCGGAGAUCAGCGCAGACUCUGGGCGUGACUCACUGUUCACUCGGCCCGGGCUUGGAACCAUGGUUUUCAGGAGGAACUACAUGAGUCGAGGCAUGUUUGGGAUUGGCGCACGGGAUGAAGAGAGUGUUGCAGGGAGUGAACCUUUGGGGAGAGCACCUAACGUCCGACUGCGAGGAAAUCUGCCUCGACGUUCUCCCAGUUUUGAUGAGGACAGUAUUGGCAGCGCCUUGAGUCUGCAAGAAAGAAACAUGCAGGAGCUUCCCUGGGAGGAGACUGACAUCGGGCUGGAUGAUGACAUGGAGCCAGACAACAGUCCUCUGGAGACUUUCCUGGCCUCUCAGAGCCUCAGUGAGUUCAUGCCCAUCUUCAGGAGGGAGAAGAUUGACUUGGAGGCUCUACUGCUAUGCUCAGAUGCGGACCUCACCAGCAUCCACAUCCCUCUAGGACCCAGGAAAAAACUGCUGGAUGCCUGUAAUAGACGUUUGGAUACUCUAGAUGAACCAGAGGCCAUUGAAGACACUGAGCUUUGAAGCUCAGUAUUGUCCAUAUCUUGUCUUAGAUGAGGACCACUGCUCUGUAAAAAGAAAUAUCUAAUGUUUCACUCAAUAGUAAAAAAAAAAAGCCCAUCUUUAUCAGUUUUUAAUAAGAGCAGUUCUAUAAGUUGUGGAAUUUCUCUUCAUAUUUUCACCCCAGAAAAACCUGAGCAGAAAUUCACUCAACAUUGAAUCAGGCCAAACUGCAUUUUUAUUACUGAACAGCACCAUCUAGUGGUGAUUUAUUAUAGCAAUAUAAUUUAAAUCUAGGGACCAUUGAGAAAUGUUAGUAGGAUUACACAUGUAACUGAGUACAGUUGUACAUGAUGUGGUUUUCCUUAAUUAUUUAUCUAAUUAAACUUAUAGUAAGAAGUUAUAUAUGGAAAUAAUGCUGGUAAUUUUCCCCCUGUACACUCAGUGGACUUCAGACAUUUUUGAGUAGUUCAAAUUUCAUGUGAAAGUUCUGCCACACAGACAAAUAUAUGGGCACAAAGUCUCAGCUGAGCCUCACUAUGACUAUAACACCUUUAUGUAUUAGCAAAUGUACCUAAACCUCAACCCUAAUAUAUACAUUUUUUUUAUUAUCGUACAGUUUUCUUACAUAUAUUUGUUAUUUUACCCUGCGGCACAUGCACAGUGGUGACUGAACAGUAUGUUUGUGAUGGAUGAAAAUAGCCGCAGAUAGACAAACAGUGUCGCAACAGUAAAACAAUGAGGUGUCAGAGUGAGGUUAUGUGAGUGUUAGAUAACACCGCUAUCUCAGGUUACUCCGGGAGCUAUUUGGUUUCAGGUCUGCUGCGGGCUGCACAAGAGUACGACUGUGCAUGAAUGUACAUUUUUAUG